CGCACGGGAGCGGCCGGGGGACCCCGGAGGCGCGCUGCAAUCUCCCGAAACGAGCUCCUGGGCACCGGCUGCACCGCGCCUGGCCUUCGGCCUGCGCCCGCCUCGGGACCAAGGCCGGGGCCGGGUUGGCUGCCGGGGCCGCCGCGGGGGCAGGCGGGAGGGGCGACAGCAAACCCGCAUUCAGUGCCGAGCGCUCUGCGGAGACCGGCUGCAGCGGAGGGAACCGGGCCCGCUGCUCGGGGCCUGCCACCGCCCAGCUGCGCGAGUCCCCGGCGCGGAGGUGAGGGCUCGCUGCCGCGGGCCCGACGCUCCCUCGCGGAGCACCCGCCAGCGCCGGAGGGGUCCCGGGCCGGGCCCGGCGGGACUUCGCUCCUCUUGCCGCACCGGCGGCACCGCAGCAGUUUCCGGCCGGGCGCGGCUGCCGGCUGAGGAGAAGGGGAUGAAAGCUGCUGUCAAGCACUCUGGUCGAGGAGCGCUGCUGGCAGGUGCAACAGCUUUUAUUGGGGGUCUGAUGGGAGGUCCACCUGGAAUCGCUGUAGGAGGUGCAUUUGGUGGCUUACUUGGUGCCUGGAUGACGAGUGGACAGUUCAGGCCAGUCCCUCAGAUUUUACUGGAAUUGCCUCCUGCUGAGCAGCAGAAACUCUACGAUGAAGCUGUUGUUAUUCUCAGGAGCUUAGACUGGACUGACGUUGCUCAGCUGACUGCUCUUGUAAUGGGAAAUGCUAGUCUCCAGCAGAAGUUGACAGCAGUGCUGAUAAAUUACCUCUCCAAAGAGCUAAGAGCAGAGAUACAGUAUGGAGAAUAAACCUUUCCAGAGCAGGCUUUU